AUUUCAGGCCGCCGGCUGCAAUGACCGAUCGCAUCUUGCGCCACGGCGCCGACAACAGAAGCAGCCAUGAAGAUGACGUCGCCUUCCAGGAGCUCUACCUCGGCGACACGGACAAAGAAGAUGGAGAUGAAGAUGACCUAUCGUCGGAAGCCUCCGACGACGAGCUCGAUGAGGCCGAGGUCGACGAGCCGCUCUCGGCGGACGCCUCCGACGGCGGCAUGUUCGAGCUCAAAGACGUGCUGCGCAAGUAUAACUGCGUUUUUGUGGACCGGCCUCAGAUGGACAACCCUUCACGCUUGAGUCCAUGCAGCUUGCUCUUUCUCGUCUGGCUCAUCUGGAUGACCCCGGAAUGGAUCAUCCAUGAAGUAGUAAAACUUACAUGGUAAAUCUACCGGUUCACUAAUGUACUCCAUUUUUCUACUCGCCCA